AUGUACCCCAUCGAAAACUCGUGCUACCCCUAUUGGGGUCUCUUUCUCGUUUUAUGUAGCAGCUGCGCAGUCCUUGUUCACUUCUUGCAACCUACCGACUUGAAAUGGUCAACGAAAAAGUGGGCAAUGCCACCAAAGCCACCAGGCGUGCCGGUUUUGGGAAACUUGCUACAGAUGAUGCAAGCCCGCCGCCGCGGAGCCGUUUCUUUCAAUGACUGGCUGACCUCUUUGAUACCGUAUGGGGAGAUGGUGACGCUGCAUAUGGGGUCCCAGACAUGGGUUGUGCUCAACUCUGACCGCGUUGUCACGGAACUCAUAGCCAAGCGCGGGAAGAUCACCAACGAGAGACCCCACAUGCCCGUUGCGAGUGAUCUGAUUAGCAACGGAAAGCGCACUGUGAUAAGACAAGAACAGGAAUGGCGAGAGGGACGUCGUGUGAUGCAUCAGUUGCUCAGCGGCUCGAACCUCAAGGUCUACGCCGGGAUGCAGGAGCUCGAGAGCGUUGACAUGCUCCGCGGCUAUCUUCGAGAGCCCAGUCUGUGGUACGCUCACAACUAUAGAUAUUCCACCUCGGUGCUCUACAGGAUCGUCAUGGGUUACCCCCUGAACAAGACCAAAGCGCAGCUCGACGACUACCAGCGGGUAACGAUGGAAUUCGUCACCUCCAUCAAUCGGAGCUGGGUGGAUUUCUUUCCGGCAGUUAGCAAGCUUCCUCCCUUUCUCCAGCCCUGGCGCCGUUUUUGGGCAGACAUGGGCUCUUUCCAUCAUCACGUCUUCGCGGAAUGGUGGAAACCCAUCAAAACCGCCGUGACCAACGGCUCCGCCCCGCCCUCGUUCGUCCGCGACGUCCUCCUCCAUCCGAAUGUAAAAUACACGGGCGACGACGAAGAGGCCAUGUACUUAGCUACGUCCGUCAUGGCAGCCGGCGGUGACAACACGCGCAUGUCAAUUAACACCUUCGUAAUGGCCAUGGUGACGCGGCCGGAAGCCCAGAAACGGGCUCGCGACGAGGUUGAUAGUGUGUGCAUGGAUGGCGAAUCCCUCAGGCUGCCAUGCAUGUCUGAUCUGUCCAAAAUGCCCUACAUUGCCUCCAUGAUCAAAGAGGUGUUGCGCUGGCGGCCGACUGUCCCCAUCAUUCCGCCCCACCAGCUCACGGAGGAUUUGAAGUUCCAUGGACACUUUAUCCCGGCUGGUACGAGCUUCUUGAUCAACUCGAUCGCGCUGUCGAGCGAGUUUGAUAAUGCGCGGGAAUUCCAGCCGGAGAGGUGGAUGGACGGUUCCGAAGCGCAUACGACUCACAACUUUUGGGGUUUUGGGGGCGGACGUCGCAUCUGCGUCGGCUGGAAAGUGGCUGAGCAAGCCCUAUUCAUCGCGUUUGCCCGGUUGCUUUGUUGUUUUGAAAUGAGUCCGAACGGGCCGAUCGAUGACCAGAGACUCAAUCAUCAGACCGUCCAUGAGCCGUUCCCUGUCAAGGUCACUGUUCGCAGUCCUGAGCACGCAAAGCUCAUCGAGGAGGAGUCAGCCAAGUACGAAGCUUCAUUCUCUACGUUUGGGGCGACCGCCAAGUGA